AUGCCUUACCAUUAUCAGAAGGAGGUUAGGUUGCCUAAAGCCGUGUUCCCUAAGUUUGAUGGAUCACAUCCUAAGGUCUGGCGUGAAAAGUGUGAAAAGUAUUUUAACAUGUAUCACAUCCCUAUGCAUCUAUGGUCUCAGUUUGCCACCAUACACUUUAAGGGUAGUGCUGAACUUUGGUUACAGACAUAUGAAGCACAACAUUCUGAUUCAGAUAUUAGUUGUGCUGAGUUGUGCAUUGCGGUUGAGUCCAAGUUUGGCAAAGAUUUGUACCACAAUGCCAUGCAUGACCUUUUGCAAAUUAAACAAAUAGCUGAUGUGCAAGAGUAUUAUGAUAGAUUUCAAAAUGCCAUGCAUAAGGUGUUAGUUCACAACAAGUCUCUAGAUGAUGUGUUUUUUGUGAGCAAAUUCAUGCAGGGUCUCAACCCAGACAUUAGAUCAGCCAUCAUUUUACAUAAACCUAGAACUGUUGAUGUGGCUUUGUCUCUAGCUCUCAUGCAGGCCUCAGUGCUAGAGUCUCUAGCCAAACCCUUCUUCAAAAGGCAAAACAGAGACUUCAACAGAGCUCAAGGAAGGCAGUUUUCCAAUCCUCAACCAGGAAUCAUGGGCCCAAUUCCUAAUCAUGCAGGGGAUGAAGCCAAGACUAAAUGGGAUGACAAGCUUGCUGCUCUAAGAACUCAGCGAAGAGCACAAGGUUUGUGCAUGAAAUGUGGUGAAAAAUGGGGUAAAAUCACAAGUGCCCUGACAAGGUGGCACUACAUGUUGUGGAAGAAUUCCUAG